AUGCCUGACCUUUCGAAUGGCGAAGGUUCCCCUACCAUGCCGAAAUAUGAGAAUGAGACUGUCGAGGCUGCUAGUGCGAGCAGUUCUCUCUCGGAUGAACACCGCCAGUAUCUUCUUGAGCGCCACGGUACACUUGAAUUGGACCCGGUUCCACAGAUGGAUGACGACGACCCUCUCAACUGGCCAAUGCGCAAGAAAAUUUUGAAUCUCGGCUUGGUUGCCCUGCAUGCAAUGAUGGGUAUGUUUGUCGCCGCGGCCAUCGCCUGCGCAUUCGUCCCGAUCGCAGAAGAUUUGAAAGUCAGCGUCCAGCGUGCAAGUUAUCUCCUGUCCCUAUUCAUUGCAAUCUUAGGAGCGGGCCCUUUGGUAUGGAAACCAUUAUCUCAGACCUGGGGGCGUCGUCCUGUAUUUUUGCUUUCGUUGGCCUGCAGUGUAAUUGGGAAUGUGGGCUGCGCAGUCAGUCCUACGUUCGCGACAAUGGCCCUCUGUCGAGCUAUCACCUCCUUUUUCAUCUGCUCUCCAGUCUCUCUCGGCAGUGGCGUUGUGCACGAGCUCUUCUUCAAAAAGCACAGAGCCCAAUGCAUGGGUGUUUGGGCAACGAUGGUCACUCUCGGUAUUCCAGUUGCGCCUCUGGUAUUUGGGCCUGCCGUUAUUCGCGUCGGCUACAGGUGGAUCUAUUGGUCCCUUGCUAUGGCCAACAGUGUCCAGUUGGUUGCGCAUUUCUUGUUUGGCUCUGAGACGAGAUAUGUGACUGAGUCCAAACCGUCCAAACCGAUAAGCAAACUUCAAAGUUACUUUAGCUUUCGACGUAUCGACCCAACGCCUCUGACUUGGUUUGACUUUGUUUGGCCCUUGACGCUUGUGACUCGCGUCUGUAUUGCUAUUCCCGCAGCAACGCAUGCCAUGAGCUUUCUUUGGGCUGUUGUUUUUACGCAACUGGAGAUCCCGCAACUCUUCCCGGAGAAUUUCGGUCUGAAUGCGCAGCAAGUUGGAUUACAGAACAUCCCUUUUCUCAUCGGCACUAUUCUUGGGGAGCAAAUCGGCGGCUUUAUGUCGGACAAGUGGAUGUACAUGGCUAAGAGGAAGGGCAGGGCUCCAGAUCCCGAAUACCGUCUUUGGAUUAGCUAUCUCGGCCACCUUUUGGUGAUAUGCGGCGUGGUCGUCUUUCUCGUACAAGUUGGCCGAGCUGGAGACGAGUGGAAUGUUACGCCUAUAGUCGGCAUGGGUAUUGCAGCAGCAGGGAACCAGAUUGUGACCACAGUUAUCAUUACUUACGCUGUGGACUGUCACCCGGAACAAGCUUCAGGAAUCGGGGUCUUCAUUACAUUCGUUCGUCAAAUAUGGGGCUUUACUGGCCCUUUCUGGUUUCCCCAGAUGCUCGAAUCUCUUGGUUUUUACCGCAGCACGGCCGUUCCAGUGGCCACAAUUCUCGGCAUAACAGUAAUGCCCACCAUUUUACUUCAGUGGAAGGGUAGCCAAUGGCAUGGAAAGCCGGUGCGGGGAAUCUUUGAGGAUACGGCAUAA